UCCCGCUGUCCCUGCCUGAAGUUGAUCCAACGUCGGUUUCCAGACGACUGGAAUGUGGUCACUCAACUCCCAAGAGGGACAGCUCUGCUGCUGCUGCACUCGCCAAAGUUUUUGUUUCCUUGUGCCUCUUCACCGGUGAGCACACCUGAAGGGUGGGAGGAGUCUGAGCAGGAGGUAUAAAUUAAGACGAACGGGCAAACUGGAGAUGCAUUCAGAGUCCAGCUAAAGUGCUCAACAUGGGGAACUGGAUAGUUAAUCAUGGAUUUACAGCUUUCAUGCUGGUGGUGUGGAUGGGCAUCAACACCUUCCUUUUUGUGUGGUUUUACCUGUUCUAUGACUUGGGGGAACAGUUUUACUACACGCGUCAUCUUUUGGGGUCUGCCUUGGCCUGGGCCAGAGCUCCUGCAGCCGUCCUCAACUUUAACUGCAUGCUGAUCCUGCUCCCGGUGUGCAGGAACCUGCUCUCUCUGAUCCGAGGCUCCUUCGUGUGUUGCAGCAGAACUAUGAGGUCGCAGAUCGACAAGAAUCUGAGUUUCCACAAGCUGGUGGCGUACAUGAUCGCAUUGAUGACAGCUGUUCACAUGAUCGCGCACUUGCUGAACCUGGAGUGGUACAACAACAGCAGACUAGGUGUUUAUGAUGAACUCAGCACUGCUCUCUCCAACCUGGCGGACACAGAAAACACAACCUACCUGAACCCCAUCCGCAUCACAGACCUCGAUCCACAGCAGAUUCCAACCUACUUUGCCUUCACCUCCAUCGCCGGCCUCACGGGGGUCAUCAUCACUCUGGCUCUCAUCCUCAUCAUCACCUCCUCCAUGGAGGUGAUCAGACGCAGCUACUUUGAAGUCUUCUGGUACACGCAUCACCUCUUCAUCAUCUUCUUCAUCGGUCUCGUCUUCCACGGAGCUGGCCGCAUUGUGAGGAGCCAGCAGAGAACAGAUCCACCACACAACGUCACCUUGUGUAAAGACCGCUCUGACCAGUGGGGGAAGAUCCCUGAAUGUCCCGUCCCCCAGUUUGCGGGAGGCUUUCCACAGACCUGGAUGUGGGUGAUUGGUCCAAUGAUUCUCUAUAUCAUUGAGCGUCUGCUGCGCUUCGUUCGUUACCUUCAGGCUGUAAGAUACAGGAAGAUUGUGAUGCGACCGUCCAAAGUGCUGGAGCUGCAGCUGGUGAAGAAUGGCUUCAAAAUGGAAGUGGGUCAGUAUGUCUUCCUCAACUGCCCGUCCAUCUCGCAGCUGGAGUGGCACCCGUUCACCAUGACCUCUGCCCCCGAGGAGGACUUCUUCAGCGUCCACAUCCGCUCGGCCGGGGACUGGACCGACAAACUCAUCCAGAUCAUGCAAGACCUGCCAGAGGGAGCUCAGGGACCCAAAAUGGGUGUGGAUGGACCUUUUGGCACAGCCAGCGAGGACGUGUUCGACUAUGAGGUCAGCAUGCUGGUUGGUGCUGGCAUUGGCGUCACUCCUUUUGCCUCCAUCCUUAAAUCCAUCUGGUACAAGUUCAAAGACUCCAACCCCAACCUCCGCACCAGAAAGAUCUACUUUUAUUGGCUCUGUCGGGAAACACACGCCUUUGAAUGGUUUGCUGACCUUCUGCAGGGGCUGGAGAAAGAAAUGGAGGAGAGAGGAAUGGGGAAUUUCCUCACCUACAAACUCUACCUGACUGGGUGGGAUCAAAACCACGCUACCCAUGCGAAAGUUCACUUUGAUGACGACAUAGAUGUGGUCACUGGGCUCAAGCAGAAAACUCACUAUGGCCGACCCAUCUGGGACAAGGAGUUCGAACAAGUCCGCAAAGAGAACCCCACGUCUGUGGUUGGAACUUUCUUGUGUGGCCCCGAAGUGCUGGCAAAAGUCUUGCAGAAGAAAUGUGUCAAAUACUCGGACGUGGAUCCUCGCAAGACCAAAUUUUACUUCAACAAGGAGAACUUCUGAGCACAAUAAAUUACUAAAAAAUACUAAAUCAGGAGAGCAGCAUCUAUUAAGAAUAUUAAGAACAACAAUUGAUGGUAAAUGUGUUCCACCGGAGAAUAGCUGACGAUUAACGUUGAUGAAGCUGUGCAACAACCUGUAUGACAGGCCGGGUGUGUUUUGAUACGGCCUGUACAGCAAACCGCACUUAACUCCGAUAAAGAGCCACGGCAUGUGGUUUUCAUGGGCACUGCUCAGGGACCAACUUUCUCUUCUUCCAUUUCACAGCGCGACAUAGGGGCUGAAUCUUAUCGUUUGUCUGCAUUGGUGCCCUCGUAGAGAUUUUAAGUGUCACAGAGACAUGAAGACCUCGGUUUCUUGUUGCAUGAUGCUGGCACAUUAUAUGCAAAACUAGAUUAAUUUUACAUAAAUAUCAGCUUAAAUCAAGGUAGCAAAGAACAUAAUGUACUUUACUUAUGUAUACGCAGGUAGAGUUGCAACUUUUUUUUCAUCCAACUGUACAAAAUCAAAUAUGAUAUGAAGUUUCCGCAAAUGAAAACUCAAACCAGUUUGAGUGUUUUUGUUUCCUUGAAAGUGUAUUAAAUAUUUUCUGAUUAA